AUGCCAGGUCAAAAUGACAGCAGCUUUCCUGUCACAGCCGUGCCUUCAAGUAGUCGACUAAGUCAGGCAGCUGACAAGGACUCCUCUGCGUCAGACCACAACGCUUCGCAUCAUUCCAGACCAGCUUUCAGUCCUGAUCCCCCAACCCAGCAUGACUCGACAGGGAUUCAUGACGACUCUUCACAUCCUCCAACGAAAAGCAGUAAAGCUAAAGCAUCAGAAACGCUCCGUCGAUCUCAGGCCUGCCUUGCUUGUCGCAAGAGAAAGCUUCGCUGUGACGCCAAGAAGCCGACUUGCACUCGUUGCGAAAAUGCAUGGCUUGCUUACCAGCCGUCGACUGACGAAGCUAGUUCUUCGAGUGCACCACCCUGUGAGUACGACACAUCUAUUCUCGCUAAGAUCUUCAAAAUCGGCAGCCCUGGUGACGCGCCGCGUUUAGCGACGUCGCCAUCAACAUCAGUCAUUCGAUAUCGAGACACCAUUGAAGAGAGUCAGGAAGAGCAGCUAUGGAGGGAGAACGAAUCGCUUCGUGCCCAGAUCGUACAACUUCAACAGCAAUUACGACAUGGCGGUAAUAUUCCUGACUCGGGGUUAGAUGUAGUCAGCUCUGCUGUGCACCAAACUGUCCAACAACUUGCCGCUUCUGUAACUGUCCAUGCCACCAGGUCGGGAUCGGAGCUGAUGGGAGACAUGCAGUGCGAUGUACGCAAACGGCAAAAGCUAUCUCUUGACGACGCUAUCGGAGCAGAAGAGAGGUACAAUAGCUGUAACCGUUCGGUGCAAGAGCCCGUGCCGGCUCAGAAAAGUCGCGACACAAGUUCCAGCCCGCCGUUGCAGCGUUUGGAAGAGAACGGAACAGAAAGGCAGCCUCAUCACCAUGCCUCUACGAUGAUUCCCUCGGUUCUAAGCUGGAGGGCUUCGGUCACCAAUCCCAAGCCAGCAGCGAUAGAUCCGUCAGCACCUCCGCACUACAGUCACAAUAACAGCACAAACUCGGCGAGAAGCUUUUCAGCUUCCAAAGGAGCCUCAUCCCCACUUUUGCCUAGCAGACAGGUGCUGAAACGGAUCCUGCAGUCCUGCUGCCAUCGGUCAUGGCUAUUCUCGGCCGUCAACAUUAAUGCGCUAAACGAUGUCGCCACACUGCUGCAAAGCACCCCCUUUGCGGAAGAUGACCACUUGAUUGCACAAGCCCUGAUGCUGGCGUGUGUGGCGACCGCUUUGCCACUGCUUUCGACCACAAUGUCCACAGACAUCAGCUACCCAUUAGUGUAUAAAAGCAUCGACGCUCUCUUGAGAGCGCAUGGACACCCUACCCUUCCCAGUCGCGAGAGUCCAGGCUGGCUUUUAAUGGUCGUCACAAUCUAUGCCGAUGGAGCGCGUGACCUUCUCAAUCAAGUCACAGCAAGGUCGGGGGGCUCUGUUUCACUUGCAACAUUCGCCGUUCGUCUUCUGCUUGUCGAGAUCUCGUAUGCAUACUCGACGGCCUCAUCAGCACAGGAGGGACUAGCUUUAGCAGUUUCCGACGCCCGCCUAUUGCAUCUGCACAGCUCUGUGACGGGCUGUCAUCCUCGAUUCUCGACAGGCGUUGCGCGAAGCUCGCAGCUCGCUAGAUCUCUACGUGGACUAAUGCAGAGCAGAGAGCAGACGUUUGCGUUUUGGAGUCUAUUUGUACACGACUGCUUUCAGAAUCGUUUGGCUUUGCUUCCAGUAUUUUUGGAACGACAGGCCAUUCAAACCGGCUUGCCUCGACAGGCAGACAGCCGUGGCGCUAGCUCACUGAAGCGCAAUCUGGACCAGAUGGAGGCGUACGUGGAGCGACCUCGCGGCCCACCGUUGUUGGAGCCAUCGGACACAUCCAUGUGCCUGCUCGUCAAAGUCAGCCUAGUGCUCGAUCAGUGCUGUAAAUACAAUGUCGCUACGCGCGAGCACGUUAGGUCUUCGGAAGCGGCUAGGAAGAAAAACGUCGGCUUUCGGCAAGAAGAUGAAACAGCAUUUCUGGCAGCUCGCGAGAGCAUUCGUCAGUCUAGGCGGAUGCUGUCGCAAUACGACGAUCGAACAAUAUCGCAAUCGGACGCGUUCGCUGGUAGCAGCGGCGGCGGCGACUUGGGCCGAACGCGCGACAUCGAGAUGACGAUGCUUCUGAUGCAGGAUAGGCUGCGCUUUGCAGCCGAGGCGGUGCAUCAUCUGGCUGUACUCGGUCUCUAUGAAACCAAGAUCGAGAUCGUCCAUCUUUUCGAACGAGGCGGCGGUGAGGCUCGUAGCAUGAUUGGCAACGCAGCAAUAUGGCUGGCACGCCUUGCGGAUAUGGCUUUACAGGACGCAUGUUUGUUGCACAGUCUGCCGUCGUUUUGCUCAGUGGCGUUUUUCGUUGCUGCGAGGUGGCUGCUGUAUCUCCAAUUUGCUGAUCAGGAUGAGUUGCAUAUCGAUUUUUCCACAAUCGUGCUGGCUCUCUGUCGUCGUGGAGAAUGCUACAGCAGAGAUGCCGUGUACGCUAAAGCGAUAGCUGCGCUGAAAAGCGAAUGCGAAGUUUUCGGCCGCAUCUGCAUCUCACCUUUCACCUGGCCCAUCGAAGCCAUCUCUGAAUUCGUCGUUCUGCCCAAGCUGAAUCCUGGCGGCGGUAAAUCAGCGCUGGGGGCUCCAGUGGUAGAGCCCGGUUUGGUUUCGAUCGCCACUCUAGCAGCCUCGAUCGACGCUGCUGAUGUGUUGGCACUAGCUAACGGUUGCAGAUGA